AUGUUAAAAAUUUCCAUUUUAAAGAUUGAAGACCCCGGUUGUUUUUGGGGUCGAAUACUCAAAGGAUUCGGUGUUCUUUCUGAAAGCCCGGAAGAGUACCAGAAAUUGCAUGACCAAAUGAACCUCUUCUACCACGAAGUUCAUCAGGAUAUUGAUAAAAUAAAGCCAGCAUCUUUGGAACAAGGACAGAUUUGCAUUGUGUAUUCCAUUGAGCUGAAAAGCUGGUGCAGGGCCUUUGUGGAAUCUCUGUUUUUAAGCACCGAUGGGUAUCAUGCUAUGUGUUUUCUUGUCGAUAAAGCAGAACGCGUUGUAGUGAAAGCAGAUGAUGUCCGAGCACCUGUUGAAAAGUUUAUGAGUCUUCCAUACUGGGCAAAAAAGUUCAGACUCAGUGGUGUACAGCCAGUAACAUUGCUUGUUGACAUCUGCAAUGAAAAAGCAGGAUUGAUACCUGCCACAAGGUGGGACAGUGCUGCUAUCCAGUAUUUCAUUAAUAUUGUACAAGGCUCCACCUUGACAGAGGCAAUGCUACGCAUUAUUGAAGGGGAUUCUUUUGGUGUUGAGCUCUACUUGACUAUCAACAAUGAAAAGAUUUGUGUUAAUGAUGACUUGGUUAUAAAGAAGUUUGCGUGCUAUUUAUCAUCAACUGAAAAAAAUAAAGCAAGCACUCAGCAAAGUGAAGAUGAUGAUAAUUUUGAACCAGAGAUGUCCCCUUGUCAACUCUCCCUUCCAACAAUGGAUCUGCACAAAGAAAGCAGAAGCCCUGCUGAAAUACUAUGGCCUGGCUUCAUGCAAGGGUCAACACUUAAACAAGUUUCUGUGCGGAGAGAACAUGUAAAUCCAGUGGUGGUGAAGCAAGACAAGGACCCGGCAGUGCCAGAAAUACCUGUGCAAGUGGAGAUGUGUCCUGUAAUUGAACGAAAGACCAUUAAAUCUGACCCACAGGAUGAAUACAGGAGAACCAUAGAAAACCUCACAGAAAAGUCAAAAAUCAUGGAUUUGAGUAGUCCAAAUUGUAACCUCAGAAGUGAACUAGUGGUAAAGGAGUUGGAUACACAGAAUGGAUACAAGGAGAAUAUGGAGAACAUCACUGAAGAUGCUGACCAGAUAGAUUUAAAAAGGUCAGCUUCUAAGAAUCUAGAAAGUGAUGAAACUGCAUUGCGUGAAGAAUGUACUUGUGAUCGGAACAUUAAUGCAUCAAAGGAUAUUGAUGAAGAACUUGCGAAGGCUAGAUUACUCCAGUUUCUAAAUCCUGAUCCUCUGAAUUCUGGAAGUGAACCAUUGAUGCAUACGCAGGGAAUUCUUGAAAGUAGAAGUGGAGUAUUUCUUCAUUCAGUCACCAGGAUUAGUCCUUGUACUUCCUUGGAUACGGCCCCCAUUACUGACAAUCUGAAAAAGGCACUUAUAAGGCACAAAUACCAAGGACCAAAUCUUCCUGAAGCUUACUGCUGGCCUGCAAUAGCACGGGGUUGUGACACUGUGCUCAUAUCCCACAGUGGAAAGGAUCCACUCUCCUACAUUCCUCCAUUUCUUACAUUCCUGCAGCUGUCUUCAGUUUACAGUUCGCUGCUUUCAAGGACUGGGCCGAUUGCAGUGGUUUUGUGUCCAGGAUGGCAAAAAGCGCAGUAUGUGUUUGACACUCUGGAAGAAUAUAAGCUUUUCCAGCCACUAAACCCCAUGUUAAUAUUAGUGGGGUUGGGUAAGGAAGAAGCCAAAAACGUCAAAAUUCUAAAAGGAUGUCAGAUAAUAGUGACUACACCGAAGAGCCUUGUUAGAUUGCUUGCACACCAUUGCUUCCUUUUUCUUCGACUCUGUCACCUUGUUUUUGAUGAAGUUGAUGUGUUGUUUUCUAGAGCCAGUGAACAGAUGUCUGCUAUAUUGGAGCAUUUUAAAAAAGCAGCUACUUCUGAAGAAAGGGUGUCUUUGCCACAGCAGAUCAUCGCUGUGGGUGAUCGGUGGAACAAACAGAUCAGAGACCUUGUUAAAGAGUAUAUGAGUGACCCUUGUGUGGUGAUUACAAUCAUGGAGGAGGCAGCGCUGUACGGAAAUGUGCAUCAGGUGAUCCUAGUUUGCCUGGACUGUGAAAAGAUUUCCGUAUUGCUCAGUGCGUUAGACUUCACCCCUGAUAUUUUCCAGAAGACUUUGAUCUUCACGGACUCGGCAAAAGAAGCAGACCAUGUGUUUAAGGCUGUAAGCAACACUUCAGCAUUCUGCUUGAAAGUUCACGAGGGCCUGACCUAUCGGUUUGAUUUUGUCAUGGAGCAGUGGAGGAAAGAAAUAGGUUUUGGUACACACAUCAUUCUGGUUUUGACCAAUGACUGCAUGAAAGCUUUGGGAAUUACAGAUGCCACUUGCAUAGUGCACUUCAGUUUCCCCAGCACUCCCAAAAUGUUUGGAUCCCGUCUAUGUAGCAUGUCUGAGAACUUUCGAAACUUAGUUGAACAGAACACUUUGGAACAGGAAUUCUCGAACGCGAAAUCUGUAUUGCUGCUUUCAGAGAAGAAUGCUGGUCAUGUUACAGGGGUGCUGCGAUAUUUUGAACAUGCUGACGUCAAACUGCCACCUGAACUAACUCAUUUUGCAGAGGGGGUUUUGAUGGCGAAAGAGGAACAAAAAUCUGGAAGACCACUUUGCAAAUACCUUAAAUGCUUUGGUUUCUGCAGCACCCCUGCGCCCACUCGGGAGCGGCAGGUGCCUGACCAGUCUACAGGGAUCGCUGGGGCAUGUGACAGCAGAAUUUGUUCUGACCGACACUUCGUGCGCCCAGAGCAAGAGACACAGCCCCACCCAUCAUGUGGAACUAUAUCAGUUUUGCCUUUAUAUGUUGUGAAUGCAUCCUGCUACUUUGGUCGCAUUGUCAGUAAAAAGGAGGACCUGUAUAGCAGUCUUGCUGCUGACAUGGCUGAAUACUAUGCAUGCAACCUGCAGGGCGUGAAAGAGAUCACAAAGGGUGGGCUGUAUGGAAUAAAAGAGGGGACUGUCUACCACAGGGUGCAGGCGUUGGACAUUCCUGAGAAAGGAGAUUGUCUCUUCUACAGUAUCAGUGUGAGGUUCAUAGACGAAGGCAGAGCAGGGGAGGUGCGAGAGCAUCAGCUGCUUUGCUUGCCCAGUGAGUUUCAGAGUCUGCCUCCACAGGCUGUGGAAUUCAUAGUCUGUAGAGUGAAACCUAUAGAUAAUGAAAUAGAAUGGAACCCAAAGGUCAGUAGACACAUUAAUCAAAAAAUUAAAGGUGUACAGCAUGAAGCAAAGAUUGUUCUCCGCCUAGGAAAUACAAUUUGGGUUGAUCCAAUGAUACGGGUAACCAAACUAGCAAACUUGAGAACCUACAUAAAUGAAUACAACAUCCGCUCGGAGAUCAUAGGCACAGGCAUGGGCACAGACAACCCUGAGCAUGUCGCAUUGCUCAGACAGCUGUGUCUGAGAGAGGGGUUGGGUCAAGUGGUGGAGACCCAACAGGAAAUUAAUUUGGAGAGCAGCACAGCCAGUUCAGUGCAGAACACCGUCAACAGCAGUGAUGAGCUUGCUGCGGUUUCAUCAGAUGAUUGUAACUCCACCCCAAGUGAAGGAAAAGACAGUAAUCAACAGGAAUCCCUUUCUGUUUCUUACCUCUCCAGUGAUCAUGAAGAUGUCUCUCUUGGAAACUGUGUGCCUGCUCUUGCAAACCCUUUCCCAGUGAAAAUAACAGGUGAUCUCAAACCAACAAGCAAGAUUCGUGAAGCAGUUCUGCACAAAAACCGUCUUCACCCAGAAGUCCAAUGGUUUCAGAAAGAGGAUUCUGUUAUCAUUAACAUCAAGAUCCAAAACCCUCAUGCACACGAGUGUGAAUUUUUCAGUGACAGGGUGACAUUUAGUGCUCUUGUUGAUGAUAAGCUUUACUGCGCUGACCUGGAACUGCAUGACAGAAUCUUAGAAGACAAAAGCACCUGUGCUAUUAAAUGCAACGAGCCAGUAAUCACCCUAAUCAAAGAGAAGAAAGGAGUCUGGCAGAGGCUGCUUCAGCACAAGAACACUUGUGUUACUCUAGACUUUGACCACUUUGAUGAUUUGGAAGAGGAGGAGGAAGUUAUGUUUUGUAAUGGUGGGGAUACUACAGCCAAAUAUGCCUCAUCAUUGCCAGAUGAAGAAGGCUGUUAUGUCUACUCUGAUGGCGAGAGUGACAGUGAUUGA